CAGAACUCUCCAGUAAGAGUGAACUGCCAACAAUCAGACAUAUAGCGAUCCCAUUCUCCCAACAAUAUUUCUAGCCUUCUUUUCUGCCAUAAAAUCUAGCAAAUCCAAAUGGCUUCAAAAGGGCUUGACAUGUGUGUACUUCUGAUCCUUUUGAUGAUGCUUUGUCAUGGAGCCACUGCUCAAUCAGGCUGCACCAGUGCGUUAGUGGGCUUAGCCCCAUGCCUAAAUUAUGUCACAGGAAAUUCCUCAACCCCAUCAUCUUCCUGCUGCUCCCAGCUUGCUUCUGUUGUUCAAUCUCAGCCGCAGUGUCUCUGCGCAAUGCUUAAUGGCGGUGGCUCAUCACUGGGCAUUACCAUUAACCAAACCCAAGCUCUAUCACUUCCUGGAGCUUGUAAUGUGCAAACACCACCGGUUAGCCAGUGCAAUGCGGCCAAUAAUAGUCCAGCAAUUCCACCGAUAGGUUCUCCAGUGCCAUCAGAUUCUUCGGAUGAUUCUCCAAAAACUCCAAAUACACCGUCACUGCCAAGCAUUCCUGCAGGAAGCGGUUCUAAGACAGUCCCAACAGCAGGUGGCACUUCAGCUGCAAGCCUCACAAGAAUGCAACUUCACCUCACCAUAUUUAUCAUUUUCAUUGCUUCAUGUAUUUCAAAUGGCAUUAGAUUCUAAGCUUUCCUCGCAGAUUUGGAGCUUAUUCUGCUGUUUGCAGCUCUAUUAUCACUUGUAACCAUGUGCAAAUAGUAUUAUUGGAUUGUUUCUGAUGGAUUUGAAAGAUUGUUGCCAGCAUAAGAAGCUACUUCUAUUCCAUUUUUUUUUUCUUAAAGCUGUGAAGUUAUAUAUGCAAUUUAGUGGCUUUUGGCCUAGUUAAACAAAAGCUCACAGAACCAGAGAGUCAUAGAAGUCUGACUUUAUUCAGUUAGAUGAUAAAUUAUAUAUAUAUGUGUGUGUGUGUGUGUGUGUGUGUGUGUGUGUGUAAUCUCAAUGUUGAGUUGGUUAACUACGAAUCUGUUAUAAAGUAGGAAAAGUUGGUGAACAAUAAAGCCCCUCUCAUCUCCCUAGAAGCAGCAGAAAAUGUUACACAUCAACGAUACUCCUCAUUAGCCAGAAAGUGCUAUAGAAGGCAAUGGAAGCUAUUAGAAUGGAGAUUAUGCUUUCCUUCGCUGUAAUAAGGACUUGGUGGGCAGAGGCUAUGGCGCAAUCAAGUGCACCAAUGUGCUCAUAGGCUUGUCUCCAUGCCUAGAGUACAUAACAACAAACCCAUCAACCACAUCUUCACAAUGUUGCACACAGCUAGCUAACAGGUCAGGUCACAGCCUCGGUGCCUGCGUGAGGUCCUUAAUGUUGGUGCCUCUUCGGUAUGGCUUA